CCCAUGACAGCGACACCGUGAGGCCACAGCGGGCGAGAGGAUGGAUGGAUGGAUGGAAGAGGAGGUGGAGAAGAAGGGAGUAUGGGUGCGCACGGCUCGGGUUUGUUGCGCGGGCACUGGAGCAGCGGUGAAACCGGUCCCAGCUGCUGCCUUGGAGGGGAAUGAGAGCUAUUCCUGUCCCCCUGUGGGUUGGUCACGUGUUCUCCGGGGAGCGUUUGGUUUGGGGACCGCGUCGGGAGGGAAACGUGAGCGCACCGUUGCGCACAGCUGCUGACUGGUUGGAGAGCAGCAACAUCCUCGAGGAGCGUUGACGGUCCGACGGCAGAGGAAGCGUAUCAGUUUUUUUUUUUUUUUGUUUUGGGGCGUAGUUACAAUAACGACAACACUCUCACCGUCUCUACUCACCCGCUGCUACAGCGUGGGCGAUCCCUCAGUCACUGCUGCGUUAAAACUUCUCAGUCCACGAACUGUGAUCUCCGCGGCGAGCUCCUUCUUCCUCUCCUUCAAGUCGCCACCCAGAGCUGUCAGCGAGCGGAGGUGAGUGGCCAGCUUCCGUGGGAUUUGAUGUCACCUUUAGGUUGGUUUAACUGAAGAUGGAAACACUGGAGUCUGAGCUGACCUGCCCGAUCUGCCUGGAGUUGUUUGAAGACCCGCUGCUCUUGCCCUGUGCCCACAGCCUCUGUUUCAACUGCGCCCACCGCAUCCUGGUGUCUCACUGCUCUACCAGCAAGCCCCUUGAGUCCAUCUCGGCCUUUCAGUGCCCCACGUGUCGUUACGUCAUCACGCUGAAUCACCGCGGCCUGGAGGGCCUUAAGCGCAAUGUGACGUUGCAGAACAUCAUUGACCGCUUCCAAAAGGCCUCUCUCAGCAGCCCCAACUCCCCCACUGAGAGCCGGCGGCUGCAGACGCAGCGGCCCUACACCGCCACCAUUAGUGGCACAAUAGCCGGAACGAUCGGCGGCGGCGGCGGCGGCGGCGGGGGCGGAACAGGUGGAGGAAGUGCCCGUGGCAGUCCAGCCACUUCCAGCCACUCCCACCCGCACGCCACCCACACCAACCACGCCAACCACACAAACGCCAACCACAGCCCCGGCAUCGUGGCCAAGAUGGAGCCGCGGAUCAGCUGCCAGUUCUGUGAACAGGAUCCGCCGCGGGAGGCCGUUAAGACGUGCGUGACGUGCGAGGUGUCGUACUGCGACCGGUGCCUGCGCGCGACGCACCCAAACAAGAAGCCCUUCACCAGCCACCGCCUGGUGGAGCCGGUCCCCGACACGCACCUCCGGGGCCUGACCUGCCUGGAGCAUGAGAACGAGAAGGUCAACAUGUACUGCUUGGUGGAUGACCAGCUCAUCUGUGCCCUCUGCAAGCUGGUGGGCCGUCACAGAGACCACCAGGUGUCCUCGCUCACGGACCGCUUUGACAAGCUCAAGGCUUAUCAGGUGAGCCCGGGCAGAGUGUCAGAUGCAGUAAUGGAGGCUUCAAAGACAAGCGCUGCGCAAACUCUGGAGAACAACCUGACCAACCUGGUGAAGAGGAACAGUGAGCUGGAGAAUCAAAUGGCCAAGCUCAUUCAGAUCUGUCAGCAGGUCGAGGUAAAUACAGCCAUGCAUGAAGCUAAGCUGGUGGAGGAGUGUGAUGAGCUGGUGGAGAUCAUCCGCCAGAGAAAACAGGUCAUCGCUGUCAAGAUCAAAGAGUCCAAGGUGAUGAAACUGCGCAAGUUGGCUCAGCAGAUUGCAAACUGUCGCCAGUGCUUGGAGCGAUCCAGCGCCCUCAUCACCCAGGCCGAGCAGAGCCUGAAGGAGAACGACCACGCGCGCUUCCUCCAGUCUGCCAGGAACGUGGCAGAGAGGGUGGCGAUGGCGACAGCAUCCUCCCAGGUACUUAUCCCUGAUGUGAACUUGAAUGAGGCGUUUGAUAACUUCGCUCUGGACUUUUCCCGUGAGAAGAAGAUAUUAGAGGGUCUAGAUUAUUUAACAGCGCCCAACCCGCCGUCCAUCAGGGACGAGCUUUGCACGGCCUCCCAUGACACCAUCACCGUUCACUGGACGUCAGAAGAUGAGUUCAGCGUCACCUCCUAUGAGCUUCAGUACACCAUCUACACUGGCCAGACAAAUUUUAUCAGUCUGUACAACUCUGCAGACAGCUGGAUGAUUGUGCCGAACAUCAAGCAGAACCACUACACGGUGCACGGCCUGCAGAGUGGCACCCGUUAUAUCUUUUUCGUCAAGGCCAUCAACCAGGCGGGAAGCCGCAACAGUGAGCCGGCCCGCCUCAAAACGAACAGUCAGCCAUUCAAGUUAGACCCAAAGACGGCCCACAAGAAGCUCCGUCUGUCCAACGACUGCCUGACCAUGGAGAAGGACGAGAGCUCGCUGAAGAAGAGCCACACGCCCGAACGGUUCAGCGGCACCGGGUCGUACGGGGCUGCCGGGAACGUCUUCAUUGACAGCGGGUGCCACUACUGGGAGGUGCUGCUGGGUGCAUCCACGUGGUAUGCCAUCGGCGUGGCUUACAAAUCCGCCCCGAAAAACGAGUGGAGCGGUAAGAACUCGUCCUCGUGGGUGUUGUCGCGUUGCAACAACAACUUCAUGGUGCGGCACGACGGUAAGGAGAUGCUGGUGGAGGCGAGCCUGCAGCUGCGGCGGCUCGGCGUCCUCCUGGACUACGACAACAACUCGCUGUCCUUCUACGACGCCAUGAAUUCCCAGCACAUUCACACUUUCGAGAUCUCCUUCCUCCUUCCCGUUGUACCCACUUUUAUGAUCUGGAACAAGUCAGUCAUGAUUCUCUCAGGACUACCUGUCCCAGAUUUUGUCGAUGGGGUGGCUUCAGAUCUCCAAGAGCAGCAGCAGCAGCAAAUGGGUCUGUGCCGACAAGAAUCGCCGUACUUGACGGGGAUGAAAACCUGUCACUGACUAAGCUUGUGACGGAAGACUGGAUUAGGACCUGACCGACGCCGGCGGCUUGACUGAGCUUUGCUCUGAUCCUCACGAAGGAACGGGUUACUGUCUUAAAAGUGUUAGAAAAUUGUUACUCCUGUUAGUUUUUAGCCACUCGGUUUUGCAUAUUCAUUUAGUUUAUGGGAAUGGUUUCUUUGACGGAAAACAUCAAUUGGUGUUGCGUUCAUUAAGCACCCUGCUGGCUCUGUGAACGGCAGCUUUGGUCUGUCACUCAGCAGGACGGGAUUCUGGGUUUCCAGAAUCCUUUCAGGUCUGUCUUUUUAAUUUCUAUCUUUUCAUUUGACCACCCUAGGCAGAAGAUCCAGGUGAAAGUCUUUCAAGUUUGAAGCUGCAACAUAGGAGUAGUGGGAUUAAAUCUCACAAAUUUCAUGAAUUUAAUCAUGAGAUUUAUUUAUUUUUUUGGUUGGGAGUUCUUUUGUGCAGGAGGAGCAGUUAUACAUUAGCAUACGUGCAGGUGCGUCUCAGUAAAUUAUAACUUAUUCAUAGAUAUUCAGAAUGAUUCUGGAUACAGAAAUGUCUGCCUCCUUCUGGGGAGGUGAGUGGCACAGAGACACAGUGGGUGCCCCAUACAUAAUGUCUAUGUCUUCACAGUUCUCUCUCUCUCUCCCCAUGUUCUCUCAUUGCUGUGAAUAAUAAGAGCACACUCUUUAAAAUAUUUUAAAAAUAUAAUUUUGGCCUUCCUAAAAAAAAUAGCUCAAUGUACUGUAGUGUGUGCACUGAAUACUUGGCUGCGAUUCCUUUUGCAUGAAUAACUGCAUCAGUGCAGCUUGGCAAGGUAGCCCUGCUAAGGUAAAGCCUGGAUUGCUUCAAUAGUUGCCUUGAGCUCAUCUGCAUUGUUGGGCCUGGUAUUCAGCAUCUUCUUCUGUACUAAGAAGUAAGUACAGUACAGUAAGAAACCCUUUAAAAUAACCUCAAUAAACUUAGAUUCUGAUUUACGAUUUUCUUUUUAAAAACUGACUUUGGAUCACUGGGCAAAUCCAGUCCUUUUUUCUGCUUUGCCUUGAUAAGAUUCACCUGAUGUUAUCCCAGCGUUUUAACUUCCCAUCAAUAUGCUGAGAAACAGCACUGCCAUCUCUUUGUGGAGAAUGACUGCUGGGCAAUUGUCAAGUCGGCGAUCUUCUACUUGAUUGUGAAGGCCAUAAUGAAACGUCUCUGUUUUAACUUGUAGUAGUCUGCUGCUUAAAAAUUGCCUCAAGCCAGCUUCCUGUCUAAAUGCAGCUAAAAUGAAGCAUUAGUCCCACUAAUGCUGGUUGUUGCAUAUUUUACACACAGCAAAGUUAUUUUUAUGUCCAAUUCAACCUAAUUUCACAAAAUUGCAUCCUAAAUACCUACGUUCAUGAACACUUGAAAUGGUUUAAAUUAAAUGUUCUUGUCAAUGAUUUACUGAGACACAUCUGUACAGCACAGCUUCCAGAAAAAAAGAUAUAUACUUCCACUCUCCAGUCAAAACUUACAGAAGCUUUUAGUUUCUUUUAUUAGUUUUCAGGAUUUGAAUCUAAAUUUCUAAGACUGACUUUAUGAUAUGAUCGCAAUUUGCUUGUAAAUACUUGAUGGUUUCUGUGCCCUGGUAGCUGUAACCGAGCUUUAAUGAAGCCUUCUCCCUGUUCUUCCUACUAGAUUUAACCCAUCAGCCCUGUUUAUGUGGCUGGGUCCAAACUUCCAGGCUCCAGGAAGCAGUAACGUUGCUCCCAGAUUUUGUUUCGACAUCAUCACAGGGAGCAGAUUUGCAUCAUGUGACUACUCUUUUUGUAAGAUAAGAGACGUAUUGAACACGAGACAAGAAAAAGAAGUAUUUAUAGCGAGCAAAAUGGUUAAAAUUUAUUUUAGGUUAACAAAUUAUUCAUGAUGCACUUUUGAACUUGAUACCGUUUGCUCUAUGUUAUAAAGUAGAGCUAGAACCGAAUGGCAGAUUGUAGUGGGGCGAUUACGUGACAACAAAACACUGUGUUAAGUUAUGUUUACCCUUAAAAUGAAUGAGGUGCAGCAACAUCCUGAUAGCUUUGCGGGCAGCUUAUGUUGUUGCUCAAAGCAAACGCAAAACAAAACAACAAAAAAAUAACACAAAUUCAUCUUUGCACUUUUUAAUCGCAUACAGAAAAGUUAGGCUCCUCGGAAAAGGGAUGUGAUUCUGGUAUUUAUGGAGUUUGUAUCUAGAUGGUGAUAACCUUACAGCUGUCUUCUUUUUUUUUUUUUACUUUCACUCUUGAUAUGAAAUUUUCAGGACUGAAGAGGGUUAACACUUGCUGUUUGUUGCGGUAUCACGGCAUGACUGUGUUUUCCUCCACAUACAUGCACAAUUUAACACCACCACAUAGUCUUCUGUCCAGGUCGUAAACAAUGCAUGCAACAGUAACAGAGUACAGGGGCUCACUGGGAGAUGUAUGUACGUUUAAGAAGUUCACCACGUUUGGUUUCAUCAUUCCUCAUAUGGCAGAUUAACUCCAGUUCUCCUUCACUUUUCACAUUUCAUCAUAGCUCAGUUUUUUUCAGUUUUUUUUUUUUUUUUUUGUUUUGUUUGUUUGUUUGGAUUUCAAGGCUUAGCGUGGGUGAUGCUUUUCUCUGGUUUGACAUUCAGGUAGCCGUGCUGAUCCAGACAAUCAAAUGUGUAUUAUACUGUAGUUUAGGCAGAUUAAAGAGACGGCAUGGAGGGAAAAGCUGACAUAAACUGACACUGGAUAUUGGGUAAAUGACAUAUAUAUAUAUAUACAUAUAUAUUCCUUUAAAAUUGGCCACACCACAUGAGCAUUUUGCAAUGACAGUCAUGAAGCAUUUCUAUCCUGUUGGCUUAUGAUUACACUGUCUGCUAACUGCCCUGAGUCUGUACACAGCAAGAAAUUACUGAUAGAAAUCUCUUCCUGUUUCAUGCACAAGACGUUUUUAGUUGAUUUUAAGGAACCAAAAAAGAUCCCACAGUUCACCUCUUAGCUGUGCCUGAGUUGUCAUAAAUGCCUCGGAUCGGUGAUCAUUUGAAGAAGGCCUGAAGGAUUAGCGAUCACCCAGUUUAAAUGUAACAGAGUGGAAAUUCAGCCAGGCUGCUGCCAAAAUUCCUCUGAUCUUCAGACAUCCGUCGGGUUAAAUAAUGUCCAUCAAAGACUCAACCGUGUGUUUAUUUGGGAGGACAAGCUGAGGUGUGUGAGUGUGUCCUUGGCUGGGUCACUGCAUGAUUAUGUGACCUUGCUCCAGGUUCAUUACACUUUUCUUAUCUUCAUGAUGAGGUCUCCUAUCAAAUCAGACAUACAAUCUCUGUUUUUAUGUUGUUUGUUUUCUUAUGGAAAAAUGGGAACUACACAAAGCUGUCAUCGGCGUUCAUAUCAGAUUGUUUGCAGUGCUUCUUUUUGGUGUCACAAGUCAAUACAGUAAAAAAUAUAUUUACGGUGAAUGACUUUAAAUAGCUUCCCACUCCUUGUAGUGCCGUGUUUAUACCCUAGAAACAAUGCAAUAGAUUCUUCUUUUUGCUUUCCUUUUCUGUAACUUUGGGAUUUUUAUUUUAUUUUAUUUUUUACAACUGAAAAGAAAAGCGAUCCUCUCCUUAAUGGCACUGGGACCUUAAAAAAAACAGCACAAAAAGAGCAAUUUUGCCUUCAUGCAAUGCUUUCUGUUUCCAUAGAUAUAUCUGAGAUACUUUUAGCCAGAGAGGAAUGUAAAUCAGAGGGGGAAAUAUAUAUUAUAUAAAGUUGUAUAAUGUACAAAAAUAUAUAUGAACCAAUGUUAUUUAUGUGAAUUUGAGUCCAAUAAAAAAGUCUGAUCCCAAAAA